UAGCGUCGAGCCGCACAAGCCGACGAUGACCUGAAAUAUCGCGUUCUCAGUUACGGUCGAUUUUACCUUCUAUAAAACCUUUAAAGUUGUUAUUAUGUGCUAAACUUAGAUCCGGUGCACACAGCGCAUAUCUUUGCAUUUAAAAACAUCUCGUGCCAAAGCUGGUUGGUGUCUCACGCGCACGGGGUUAAUUUUUGUGCCGCCGCCUGCGAGAAGUACUAGAAGAAGGAAGGGUGGCGCGUGUGCAGCGCCCCGAGCCGCGCCGUCGACUCGACGUUCGUCCGCAUUUGAUUUCGCCGUUCGAUUGCGUUCGUGUUUGUUGAUUUCGGUGUGCUGCGCAAGAGAUUCGCUAGUUACCCAAGUCGCGAACGGAUAACCUACUCAACCACCCACAGAGCAAACCAGAGAUUAGUUGGUUUUUCGUGGUGCCGGUGAGCGAAUCGCGAAAAACACAACAAAACACGAAACGUGUGCAAAUUGCGGCACAGUGUUGUUUUGAUUUGAAGAGUUUUGAGCUAAACCAAAGCGAAUUGGAAUCAACACCAUGGGUGCCAAGGGUAGUGUCGAAGCGUCCAAAAUGAACGCACAAAAUUGGAAUAAUUUGGAGCAGCACAAACAGCGCGGGCUCCAUCAGCGGUCACAAUCGUUGAACCGUGGCGUGCGUGGCCAAUGGGGCACCAGAGGUGCCGACGGCGGCGAUAUGUGGUGACAAAGGGGGCAGUGCCAGUGCCCUGCAGCCAUGGGCAACAAGCUCAGCUGCUCCUGUACCCCUCUCAUUCGUAAGGCUUACCGGUAUGAGGACUCGCCAUGGCAGACCUCACGCCGUCGCGAUGGACAUCUUCUAAGUGCCAAACAUUGCAGACUGUGGGCGGAGGUCUUCCACGUGUCGGCGAGCGGCGCUGGCACCGUCAAGUGGCAGCAGGUCAGCGAGGACCUUGUUCCGGUGAACAUUACGUGCAUUCAGGACUCGCCCGAGUGCGUCUUUCAUAUUACGGCCUACAAUUCGCAAGUGGAUAAAAUUUUGGACGUUCGACUUGUUCAACCAGGCACGAGGAUUGGUCAAGCAUCCGAAUGUUUUGUGUAUUGGAAGGAUCCGAUGACCAACGACACGUGGGGCUUGAAUUUCACAUCGCCGAUCGACGCGAAACAAUUUCGAGAAUGCUGCUGUGAUAUGUUGCAGUCACCCUCGUUCAAGUUCUCGAGGAAAGCGUCGUCGUCGUACUCGCUGAAGCUGGACCCGCCGAGCAAGCAGAAGUUCAAAACGAAGCGGAAACCACUCAGCACACCGGCGUCACCGAACCGCGCACGCGAACCGCAAUGCACGUGCAUGACACCCGAACAAUAUGCGAGGUUACGUGCGCAAGAUCCCAGACAUCGAGGAUCUUCAACGUUGCCACGCGCACAGACACGCUCCACAGACACCGAAGGCAGAACUGAUAAGGUCACCGCCGCCACAUCAUCGACUAGCUUAUAUGAUAACGUGAAUGCGACGGCGGCGGCGGCAGCGGCCGGUGCUGGAGGAGCACAAUCGUUACAAGGUGGUGCGCAGGCGCGACAGACUCGAGAUCGCGGCACACAGCAACAGUCGCAGGAGACGAUGACUUCUGGCAUGACGGCGGGGCAGAAGAGCGGCACAACUUCCGUCGGCACGCAGAAUACAGCCAGCGCGGAGAGUCAAAAUGAGGGGCAACCAUCCCAAACGCAGCAAACAUCCGAAACGUCAAAAUCGGAAGGAACGCAAGCCGGUGGCACUCUUCAGAAUAGUACGAAGUCGUCGUCGACGUCAACACGGCCACCACUGCGCGAUAACCUGCAUCACACGCUGACGAAUACCAAGUCAGUGGACUAUUCUGAAAUUGACAUGGUGCGUGAGGCAGAGAUGCGCGCGGCGCAUCAUAAUGUAUUGAACAACAACAUUGGUAGGCGUAGUAAGUCAAAGAGUACCGAGGAUAUGAACCGCGAGAAUAGUAUGAGUCUGGAUAGUAAUACGCUGAAGCGGAUGUUGAAACCCAUGCCGAGUGUGGAGAGUCCGGUGACGUCGCCGGAAAUGGGACGCAGGCGUUAUAAUUACUACAACAAUCACAAUCACAAUCGUUACAACGGGCGGGGACAUAUGGAUGGCGGUGAUGUUGGGCAUCAUCCACGGUCGGCGAUGGCGCACAAUUCACGAUUCUCCGGAUCUAGACUGAAUCAAUCCAGAGACAGAGAGCGGAACGGAUAUUACAGUGAUAGAAACGAACUGAUUAGGGAAAAGGAGCGCGAGCUUGGUUAUCUCAGUGACCAUAACAAUAGAUCUUCGCAUGAAAUCGGCCGUGGUUAUCCUGGUCGUGGUUUAUACCUGGAAUUGGAACGCGGUUCAUGCGGUGAUUUAUCCCCGCCAUCAGAUAAUGUCCUGUUUGAUAAUCAGUGUUAUGCAACCACGCCUAGCUCCAGUAAUGGCAACUCGGAUCCAGAGUCUUCGCAUCAUUAUGGCCGUCAUCGUCAUAUGCACCCAUCGAAUCCAAAUCCGACACCGACACCUGGUUCACCCACCAGUAGAUUAUUACUGGAGUACGAGAUGCAUUUGAGGAACACUUUGGCGAAGGGAAUGGACGCGGAAAGUUACAGUUUGCAUACGUUUGAAGCACUUUUGUCACAAAGCAUGGAAAAUCUAGAAUUUGCAGAAAGUCUGCCAGGCUCAAUUCAACGCAGUCCUUAUCCUUCAAGAAAAAGACCUGCAUCAAGCGCUUCCAUGAACAAGUCCUCCACAUUACCUCAUAGACUGAAUCAAUCCAGAGACAGAGAACGCGACGGAUACUAUAGUGAUAGAAACGAACUGAUUAGGGAACGCGAGCGGGAAAAGGAACGCGAGCGCGGCUAUCUAAGUGAUCAUAAUACUAGUUUUAGCUCUCGAUGUGCAUCGUGCAUUGGCGAAUCGAGUCGCGCCCAAUGGUUCCGGCAUUCGGACGGGUGGCGGUCGGGCAGUUCGACGUUCAGUUCCGGUCAGGGCGGGCUGCCACCCGGACACAAGCGGUCGCCAUGGGACUCGCUGCCGUCUUUACGCCAGGAUAGUAGUCUGCAUGACAGUGGAUACAAGAGCAAUCGGGCUGACUCGUUCGAACAGAGAGGAAUGUUCGAUAGACAGGACAGCUUGCGGUCGGAUUACAUGAGCGACAGAGAAUCCUCCCGUUAUGGUAUCGUUCAACAGGCUUCCAUCGACAGCGCGGACUCGCGUCUCUGCUAUCUAACGUCAUCGGAGAUCUCCGACGAUGAUCGCAUGUCCCUAACCACUGCUGUCUCCGACGAAGAUGAUGGGGAAAGCGUUAUGAAUUCACCGUACAAAGCGAAACAGACUGGCACCGCCGCCGCUUCCUUUAAUUGCACCGGGGCCGUGCGGAAGGCUGGUUUUUUGAGUGUGAAAAAAUGGCUGCUGCGUAAAAAGCAUCAGAUUGAGUUGGCACGCAAACGAGGCUGGAAAGGCUAUUGGGUGUGCCUGAAGGGCACCACGCUGCUUUUCUAUCCUUGUGAUUCACGUGAAGGACGUUCGGUUGAGGCGGCGCCCAAGCAUCUGAUUAUCGUCGACGGCGCCAUCAUGCAGCCGAUUCCGGAGCAUCCGAAACGUGAUUACAUCUUCUGUCUUAGCACCGCCUUUGGUGAUGCUUACCUCUUCCAGGCACCAUGUCAGGUGGAGCUCGAGAAUUGGGUGAAUAGUAUUCACAGCGCAUGCGCGGCGGCAUUCGCACGUCACCGGGGUAAAACCGGCACACUUCAUCUACUACAAGAGGAGAUCUUCCGGCUUGAGAAGGCGAUCGAAACGGAUUACAAGCUGAAACACAUGGCUGAAAUGCAGCAGUCGGUUGUGGCCGACGCUGACACACGACAACAGCUCGGUGGGCAGGUGAUACAAUGGGAGGAGAACCUCGAGCGCCUCCACUGCGAACAAUUCCGUCUCAGAUGUUACAUGGCCAGCUUACAGAGCGGCGAAUUACCCAACCCCAAGUCCCUUCUCACACACGUGUCGAGAGCAACGAAGAACACCCUGAACAAGCUGGGGGUAUUCACCGUGUCGUCCUUCCACGCGUUCAUUUGCGCCCGCAGCCCGUCGCUCCUCAACAAUCUGCUGGCUGGUCGCGGGGCGACCAAACGCCGACCACCGAUGCUCUCCCGAUCGAAUAGCGGCUCCAGCAGAAGAUCGAUGCAGAUGAACUCCCGCGAGGAGUCCGAAAACACCGUCAAGGUUUCCCUGCCGGACAACGCCACCGCCACGGUGUACGUGCGCGAAGCAAUGUCGGUGGAGGAGUUCUUAGCGAGCGCAUGCUCGCGAAAGAAUCUCAACUCCACCGAGCACUUCAUACGUGUCAAAAAGCGGAGAGACAUGGAAGACCAUAAUUACUUUGUGCCACACCGUAGUGAUUUGAUAGCAACUUAUUUACACACACACGAAGUCGUAGAAGUAUGUGCCAAAAUAUUGUACCAAGUAGAAUUAUCGAGGAGCACGCUGGAGCAAAUGUGGGGCUUCAGCGUCGAGGCUGAAUUGGUCGAGAACGCUGAUCGACAGGAUGAGCUCUGCUGCUAUGUGAGUCGCGUCGAGGACAAAAGCGUCGCCAUGCAAAAUGGUAUAAUAAAAGGCGAUGAAAUAAUGGUGAUUAAUGGCGCCAUCGUGUCCGAUUUGGAUAUGAUGUAUUUGGAGAGCGUGCUGCAGGAGGAGCUCGCCCUCUGCAUGAUGAUGCGGUCGUCGCGCACGGAGCCACCGGAAGUCGCGUCGAUCCUCCGCUCGACAGACGAUAUCAUCGAGAGCCUUGUUUGUCCGCCGCCGCCGUCGGAGCCGCCGGUCAUCAGCGAAGAGAUGAUAUCUGGAUUGAUCGUGCCCGCACCGGGUAAGGAUCGAUUCGAGGCGGACAACGCCAUGUCCUCCGCCGGGGACGCCAGCAUGAAGGUGACUUCGCGCACCAACUCGUUCGAGAUUGAAAAUUUGCUCAAAACCGCCGAACAAGUCACCGGCUUCUGCAGGUCACCUGUUGAGACGCGCAAAUCGAGUCCCACCGGCAGUCUUGUCAGUAACGCGUCGCACACCCAGGUUGGCGGCAUGCGGCAAUUAAGCGACGCUGAGAAACUUCGUAAAGUCAUUGGUGAAUUGGUCGAUACAGAACGCGCCUAUGUUAAGCACUUGAACAACCUGCUAGAAAACUAUUUGGAACCGCUUAAAAAAGAGACCUUCCUAUCGAGCGCCGAAAUCAACGCAUUGUUCGGCAACAUACAGGAGAUCGUCACAUUCCAGCGACAAUUCCUACAGAAUCUCGAAGAGGCGCUCGACCUCGAACCAGACUUCCACAAAUUCGAUUACCCCAGCCAAUUUAAGAACAUGCUCUUCUCAAUCGGAAGCGCAUUUUUGUAUUACGUCAACCAUUUCAAGUUGUAUAGUUCGUUCUGCGCGAGUCAUAGCAAAGCACAAAAAGUCCUUCAUCCAAACGAAGGCAAUCAGGCACUGCAGGAGUUUCUUUCAGCUAGGAAUCCCAAGCAGCAACACUCGUCAACUUUAGAAUCUUACUUAAUUAAGCCAAUACAAAGAAUACUCAAGUAUCCUCUCCUAUUACAACAAUUACGUAAUUUGACUGAUUCAAAUUGUGAUGAACAUCAACAUUUAGUUGAAGCCCUCAAGGGCAUGGAAAAAGUUGCCGAACAUAUUAACGAGAUGCAAAGAAUUCACGAAGAAUAUGGUGCUAUUUUUGAUCAUCUAUUUAGGCAACAUCAGAAAUCCUGCAAGCAGCCGAUCGAUUUAAGUCCCGGUGAUCUUUUGUAUUACGGCGGCGUCGAGUGGCUUAACAUUUCCGAUUUCCUAGGAAAAAUCAAAAAGGGUCUGGAGCUGCACGCGAUGUGCUUCGUAUUCAAAUCGGCGGUGGUGUUCUUAUGCAAAGAACGACUGCGUCAGAAAAAGAAGCUGAUGGGUGUUGCGAGUAAAGGAAGUGCCUCAGAAGUUGAAAUAAUUAGGUAUCAAGUAUUGAUUCCCGUGACGGAAGUUCAAGUGCGAGCGUCAUCCGCGAAAGACAUGGACUCCCACUUCCUGUGGGAGUUGAUUCACUUAAGAAGUCAAUUGCAAAGAAGGUCCGAAAAGGUCUACGUACUUUCGAACAGUACCGCCGACUUUCGAAACGCUUUCUUAAAAACCAUCCGGCAAAUUAUUCGGGAAUCCGUGCGAAACAUGUCGAUACCUGCGACGAAACCCGGAACUGGGCCGGGAAUCCUCCUGGUGACUGGCCAUAAAGAAUCGCUGAUGAUGAUGAACAGCCAAACGCUGGAGAGACCCACGACGAAGACGGUCAUCGUGCAAGGCUCUCAUACGCUUGGCAAAACGAAACGUUCCAAGUCAUCACAACGCCAUUCGGCCGGCAAUAUCGAUUACGACAACAGUCAGGAUGCGGACGAGCAGCAGCCGAGCACGUUUCGGUCGCGAAGCAAAACAGUCGGCGAUGCAGCAGACAAAGCGAUGAAAUCUGAAGGGGAGGACGAGUCGCAUACAGGCACCGGCAAAAAAUCAGGCCUUGGAAAAACCCCUAAUCAUUUAACACUAAGUACAACAUCAACACUCUCAGCUGGCAGCACCGGAAGUCAAGCAAGACUUAUACAGUCGUCACACCAACCGGAAAACUAUCAUCCGAUACAAGUGGAGGAACUAGGGUCACCUGUGUGGAAACCAAGAGACAGUAGUUUAGAGGCAUCCUCAACCACCCUCCCGCGCAAGGGCCGGGACUCAGCUGGGCUGAGCGCGUCGCGUAAGUCUCUUGUAGACACCACAACCGGAUUGGAAAUCCAUAAUUCAUUUAAUCCGCAGUAAACACAAUCCAAAAAUGCCCGAGAAAUCACACUCACACGUUCCUCCCACCUGAAAAGAAAAAAUCAACCCCCAAAAGCUCUUCUCUCGCCAACUCACACUCAAACUGACUCGAUCCAGAAACCCAAAUAAGUAAUAAUUAUGUAAGACGCAUGUAAUUAUUACACAAACUUCAAGCAACACGAGCAUUUAGUCAUAUGAUGAUGAAUAUGAAUUAAUGUGUUUAGAAUUAAAUGAACAAUGCGAGAAAAACCAUGAAAAUGAAAACAAUUUUAAACCAAUAUUAUAUAAUUAGAUAUUAUUGUAUGAAAAUUGGAUUCGAAUGCGAGAAUGAUGGCAAAAUGUGCGGACAAACAUUAAUAAAGUAUAUAUGAUGUGUUCCACCCAGAAUCACAGUCACACACACACACGCAUACACACGAAUAUUCUCUCAUAUGCAUAACAAGAAUAAAUUAUACCUAGUUACGAACGAAAACAUUUAACGAACAUUUUCGAGUGAUGUGUGAGGUGUGUGGACACACGACGUAGGAAUUAUUCAUAUUAUUCGAUUGAAGGGAAUCUUUAAACCGAACAAAAUAACGUAACGAACGAAACGAAUGCACUAUUAUGAGAUAAGUUAUUGUUACGAAUUAUGAACGAUGAUGGUAGUGGUGGUGGUGGUGGAAUAACAAUUGCAUUACAAGUCACAUAGAGUUUAAAAAACACACACUACACAUAAACUAAUAGCAAAAAUGAUGAUUAUAUACAAGAACUAAUAGAUUUACUCGAAUUUGAAAUCAAAUCAAAAGCUUGCUACUCUACUUUAGAUUGUAAUCCCAUUACCACGAUAAACAAUCACAUUAAUGUAUAUUCCAUUCGAUUCGAUUUACACGUUGCAUUGCAUUACGGACAUUGAGUUUGAGUGAUUAGCGCAGAAUUUGAUUUCAUACACAUAACACACUAUUAUCCAAACAUAUACAUAUACCUUAGGUCAUAUUAAAGUACGAAAAACUAUAAAAUCAUUAAAUUAUAUUGAUUCUAUUAUCAUAUUUCUGUGAAAUAUGAUUUAAAUCUUCUAUUCAAACAUUCCAUAAACAAUAUUCAUUUAAAUUGAUUUUAAAUGAUUUUUACAUGAGAUUUAUACAGGGGUUUCUAUGAAUAUAUGAAAAUUAAACAAUGUAUGUAAUGAUAAACUCGAUUUAUAGCAUUUAUAUAGUUUAUUGAAGCGUAUAUUAAUUGUUCUCAAUUAGUGCAAUCUGCUAUUUCCAAUCUUUACUACUCCUGCACACGCAAUUUGUUUUUAUUUCAAUAACUCUAAACCAAUUGAAAAAUAUUUGUUUCGGGUGCAUAUUGUGUUGUUUCGAUGACGUAAAUAUAUACAAUCAGUCACGUAUUCAUUCGCGUAAAUACAAUAAACAGAUUUGCAGGCAAGCAGAGGCUGGAAAUUCACGAAUGAAUUACAUUGAGCAACUAAGAAAUCAGUAGCAACAAGGGUCUAGCGGACAUUGUCACUUGUCACAUUACUUAAUAAACCAGAAAGAAAGAUGAAAAACACAUAAAAAUAUAAAAAAGUUUUAGCAAAUAGUUGAACCGUACGUAGGUUUAAUAAAUAGUUAUAUUAUACAUGUAUUUUUAAAGGAAUACAUUAAGAAAUAUGAAGAUGAAAACGAAGAGGAUGCAAAACAAUGGUAUUAAAUACGAAAUAUGCAAUUAGGAAAUUUGAAAUAUGAACGCAAAACCAUUAUUAACAAAGUGAAGAUCGGAAAAUAUAAAAUUAAACAUAAAAAUGAUGAUGAAGAUUUUAAAAACGUUUCUUUUUCACCUAUUAUAUAAUACGAUAAGCGUUUAUUACGUAUUUCGAAUACAUUUUUGCACACGAAAUGUUUAACGAGGUGAAUUUGGCACGAGAAAUCAAACCGACAAACAAAUUCGAUAUACCGAUGUAUUACCACCCAAGUUUGCAUUUCUAAGUUAUGUAUUGUUUGAGUAUAAGUUCUAGAAUCUGGUACACUGAAUAUGUUUGUAGAUUUGUUAUUGAAUAAUAACAUGAAAGACGAAAAGUACUAAUUAUCUAACUCUAAGAUCGCACAACAGGUGUAACAUUACAAAAAUAUUAUCGAAAUAUGAAUAAAUUUCGUAAGGUUAAAAGGUAAAAACACGUUGAACACAAAUUUUCAUCAAGAGUUUGAUUUGCAGUUGACAGUUGCAACUUGUCGAUGAUUCUAUUAUUAAGUACAGUACUUGAUAAGUAAACUUGAAAGCUCAAAUACAUGAUACAUUAUUAGAAUGACGAUUUUUCAAAAUAAUUGUAAUACCACUAUGUACGAGGGAAUUUUAUGACGCAAUUGUUGAUUGUAGUUGUUUGAUUGAGUUGGGAGAUUAUUGAAAAUUAUUGUCAAUUGUAUGUAAUUUAAAUCGGUUUACUUACUUAAAACAAAAGAGAUACAAGAACAAGAAAAAUCAAAUGUUUGUAAACACAAUAGGACAAAUGAUAAACACAUAAAAGCCUAACUUUGUUACGAAACUAGGCGAUAUUAAGUUUUGAUGGCGAUUUUAUUACUCAAGUGAAACGAUAAACCAAUUUUAUACUGUAUUAACACAUACUACAUACAUACACCCACACGCCACACACGUUAAAGUGCCAAAUUUUUCGAUUUAAAAAUUGAACCAAUCUUUUUUAUAUUCACAUCAACAGUAUUGAAAUCUUUUUCGACGUUGUUUGCAUAUUGAUGUUCUAUGAGUAACAAUCAAAUUGGUUCCUCUUAGUUGCGUUGAAAAUGAUUACGCGCUCACCAAAAAAAAAAUAUCACAUGAUCGAGCUGAUUGAUGCGACGAACCUUUGGAGAAUGAUGAAUAUGUGUAUCUACUACUUCACUAUUUGAAAGUUUUAUCUGACAAUGUUUGAGAUUAGGUUUGUUCAAUUUGUGCUCUGGAUUUUUAACGCAUUCGAUAUAGAGACACAUACUGUUUUAAAUUACGUUGCAAAUGCGAACGAAAACAGCAGCAAAAAUGCAGAAACAUGAACAGUAAACUUAAACAAACAAAAAACAUAAGCAUUAAGGUAUAACAAGAAACCACAAAACUAAUGGUAAUAUGGAAAAAACGGUAUUGUAGUUAAGCAAAUUUCUUGUAUGUCUGUAUGUAUGUGAAAUCUACGUUUAUGUGGCGUAUGUAUGGACCUACGAAAAUGAAUACAUUUAAAAUAUACAAUUCAAAAAUA